AGGCCUAGAUUUGCCAGCUCCAGUGCCAAAAAUGGCAUCAGAUACACGUGGCAUGGAUUUCGGCCACCAUUUGGAUGGCAUCCUCGAGAGAAUGAAAGCUGAUAUACUCAGGGAACAUGACCGGGAGUUGACGAAGACGAGGCUUCAAAUCAAGGCUCUGAGCGGACGGAGUGUUGAAUUUGGCGCGCUGGGGGCAGUGCCAGCUGCCAAUCAUGCCCGCAAAAUGCUCAUUCGCAUGAGAACGGCAGAUCUGGCAGCCCGCAAAGAGCACAGCAAAAGCUCGAAGGAAAGACCAGAAAGUUUAGCGAAGACUGAUAGCCACAGCCGGAUGACUUCGGCAAAUUUACCUGAUGACGUUGAAACCUUCAUGGCCGUAUCGACGGAAGAAGAUGGUCCUCCCCCCCCGCCCGUCAUCCAAGCAGAGUCUCCACGUAGCCCUAUAACCCCAAAGAAUGCAUUCUCAGCAUUCUCCUCAGAGCGGACUCCAAAACCGGCAUUCCAGUCGGAGUCCUCUGUCCAGUUUGAGGAGGACCUUAAUCAUGGCUCCUCGCCCUCCAAAAGCAGACAGCGCAAUGGGAACAGCCCAUUGGAAUCAAGCUCUGCCCAACUGCCUGGCGUGCCAGACAAGAUGACAGAUGAAGAGGAUAGGGAGAGACGACCUUCAGUGGGGAGCAGAGAAAGCCGCCCGAGCCGUCAAAGCGUGAACAGCACCAUCAGCGUUCUAUCCUUGCCAUCUUUCUUCAAAGAGCAGGAUGCUCAAGGGCCAACCGCUCGAUGGAGACUCUUUCUGAAAGACGCGGACUCUAGCAGAGCGGCCAGCUUUUUUGCACUCGGUUGGAAUGUCUUCAUUUUGUGCAGUGUGUUCUUCUCUUUGUCACAGGCGACGAAUCCACCAAUGGUCUCUGGUGCAGCAGCCGGACUUGCAGAUGUAGCAAUCGAAGGCAUUUUUCUCCUUGAGUUUUUGGCUGGCAUCCUGCUCGAACCUAUCAAGAUGGUGGCUUUCCGAGACCCAAUGAAUUUGGUUGACAUUGCCGCCGUUGUUCCGUUGGCUUUGCGACUAGAAAAUGGUUUUGAGCUGCCCACAGUGGACCAGAAAGCCGUCAGCCACUACAUCUUGGUUGGCGUUGUGCCUACAGUUCGCCUGCUAAAGCUAAUCCGUCGGUUUGGCAAACUCAGCCUCGUGACUCACGCCCUUGCCACGACCGGAGAUGCAUUGAAACUGUUGCUUUUUCUUCUUUCAGUGAUCGUGCUGUGCUUCUCUACUUUGAUGUAUGUGGUGGAGCCUCACGAGAAUAUCAAUUCAUUGACCACAGCAAUGUACAUUUGCACAGUGACCGUGACCACAGUGGGGUAUGGCGACGUGACACCAACAACGAAUUCUGGCAGAGUAUUGGCUGGAGUGCUAUGCUUUAUCAGCGUGCUUUUUAUGGCGAUGCCGAUCUCCGUGCUGGGAAAUGCGAUGACACAUGCCUGGGCGGACCGGAGCCGCAUAUUGCUGAUGACAAGAACCCGUCAGAGACUCAAGAACUAUGGCUAUGAAGCAAGUGACAUGCCAUCGUUAUUCAGAAAGUUCGACAGCAAUGGAAAUGGCGAACUUACAAUGGAUGAGUUUUGCGAUAUGAUCGGCAAAAUGAAUGUCGGCAUCAGACCAUCAGAGGCGGAGGAGCUUUUCGAGCUCUUCGAUACCGAUGCCUCGGGAGGAAUCGAUGACAAAGAAUUCAUGAAGGCGUUGUUCCCCGAUGACUACCGCAGAAUCUACAUGCGAACGACCACCGCCACAAUGACAUUCACAUAGGCUGGCCAGCCCUUCCCACGUGUCUCACCACAUCCGGCAUGGAUUGUCGUGCUAAUGGCAUCCCUUCAAUGAGUAGCUCAUAGUCAAGGGGCCUUCAAAUAAUUACAAAGGGGGCGCCGUUCUCAUGUGUGGUUCAGAGUUCAGACAGAG